AUGGGUGACGCCCCAGAUGCCCAGUCAAAAGUGCAGAUCCGACUUACCACACGGCAUUCCGACAUCGAAUUGCCCGAAGAUCCUGGUGUUCUUCUCGUCUCUACCAACCUUCGCCGAUAUGCCCUCUCCUCCCUCGUCAACAACCUCCUCAACACUGCCCGCCCAAUCCCCUUCGAAUUCCUCAUAAAUGGCCAAUUCCUCCGCACAACCAUCGAUGAUUUCCUCACAGCAAACGGCAUAUCCGCCGAAACCACUCUCAAUGUCGAAUACACGCGUGCCCUAAUACCCCCGCUACAUGUAGCAUCUUUCGAACACGACGACUGGGUGUCUGAUGUAGACAUACUCUCCGCAACUUCAAAAGCAGGAAAAUGGGGUGGCAGCAGCAGCAUACAGUCAGGCCAAGAGCGGAUACUAUCAGCCAGCUACGACGGUCUACUGCGGGUAUUUGACAUGUCGGGCGAGCUCAUGCUCCUCUCCGACCAACCCAACAACGGCGGCCGCAUCAGCUCUCUCAAAACCGCGAAGUUCCUGUCACCCUCGAAAAUCGUGUCAGGCGGCCUCGACAUGACCGUCCGCGUAUGGAACUACUUCGAAUCCCCGUCCGAAGGAAGAGCUGGCUUAACCCCAGCCCUCGAGCUCUACGGCCACAGACUCGGCAUCGAGUCCCUCGCUGUGCAUGCCCCCUCCUCCCGCCUCCUCUCCGCCUCCAGCGACACCACCGUCAACUUCUGGAGCUCAAAAGCCGCAGACGCGCCCGCCGCCCCCGCAACCCUCCUCCCAGACUCCACCACUGCCUCCGCGAAACGCCUCAAGCUCUCGAAACCCGCGAACUUGAAGACGGUCGCCCAACGCGGUCCUCUAGCUACGCUAACCGGGCACACCGCGCCUGUCUCCUCAGUGAUGUUCGCACCAAACGACGCGACAGUGGCGUACUCGGGCUCUCACGAUCACACGUUGCGGACAUGGGAUCUCCCCACCUCCACUCUCGUGGAUACGCGCACGACAUCGCAUAGCUUGAUGUCCCUAGCUGCCUUACCCGCCCUCAACCUCGUCGCAGCCGGCACGUCAGCGCGUCACAUCACCCUCAUAGACCCCCGCGCAUCCGCGAAGACUAUCGCAGCACUCACGCUACGCGGCCACACGAAUGCGGUGGUCAGUCUAGCUGUCGACCCGGAGAGCGCGUACGGGCUCGUGAGCGGGAGCCAUGACGGCACGUGCAGGAUCUGGGAUGUGCGGAGCGUGAAGACUACUGCUGGGGAUGCUGGGGAUGUUGGCGGGCAGGUUGGGGAGAGCGUGUAUCGGAUUGAGCGGGAGAGCGCGAAGGGGAAGAAAAUGCCGAGUUCGGGUGAGGGGGUGAAGGUGUUUGGAGUUGCGUGGGAGAAGGAAGUAGGGAUUGUGAGUGCAGGGGAGGAUAAGCAGGUGCAGAUAAAUAAAGGGAGCAGCGGUAGUGGGAGUGGGAGUAGUGGUGGUGGACAUGUUUGA